GCAGCGCCCAAGCUGUGCUUGGCUUGGCAGGGGAUGCUCCUCUUGAAGAACAGCAACUUCCCAUCCAACAUGCACCUGCUGCAGGGAGAUCUCGGCGUGGCCAGCAGCCUCCUGGUGGAGGGAGCGACUGGGGGCAAAGUAGCUCAACUCAAGAUCACCCAAAGGUUGAGGCUGGACCAGCCUAAGCUGGAUGAGGUGAACAGGCGGAUCAAGGUGGCAGGACCCAAGGGUUAUGCCAUCCUGCUGGCAGUGCCAGGAGCCUCAGACAGCCGCUGUGUCCCCUCUGAACCUGCCACCACCUCCACGCAGAGGCCCCUCAGGAAUCUGGUGUCCUACCUAAAGCAAAAACAGGCUGCAGGGGUGAUCAGCCUCCCUGUCGGGGGCAAUAAGGACAAGGAGAACAGUGGGGUGCUGCACGCCUUCCCCCCCUGUGAUUUCUCCCAGCAGUUUCUGGACUCCACGGCUAAGGCAUUGGCGAAAUCAGAGGAGGAUUAUUUGGUCAUGAUCAUUGUCCGUGGGGCAUCUUAA